AUGUCAAUUCAAAAAAAGACAUCAAAAAUAAUCAGACCAUCUAGCGAACCUUAGAAAUACUCGAAUAUGUAUUAUGAAGUACAACUUCCUUAUUUCAAUCCAUCGUCGAAUUCAAUUUUUGCAAGUCAAUUGUUAAAUAAUCCAUCAUUUAUGAAUAUAUAUCAACUGGGAAUUAGUAGCUAUCUUUAGGGACAAUACAAGUAGGCUAUAUUUUUUGCUGAGAAAUUGUUAUGUUUGAAUCAGGAUUAAAAUACAUAGGCAUAUUUGGUAUUUAUGCUUGGAAUUUGUCAUUUUGCGAAUGCAGAAUAUUCAGGAGUUUAUAAUUUGUUUUUAAAGCACAAACUAACAUAAGGGGAUUUUGCAGUAUUAGCUGCUAGGGCCUUGUAUGCAAAUAAGCAAUAUGAAUUAGGAAUAGAGAUAUUGCAAGAAGAACCCACAUCAUAAAGUGAUUGGAUAAGAGGACAAUGUUAUGAGGCAUUGGAAAACAAAUAAUUGGCAGUCUCAAAUUACUACGAGUGUUUACAGAAGACUCCUACGAAUGUGCGAGUGUUUUAAUAGUUAGUAGAUUCCUAUUUGAUCUCCUCUGAUGAGAAGGAGAAUCUAAUUCAAUAAAUACAACUGAACUCAGAUGAGGCUUGGUUAAAAGACUAUUAUGUAAGCAAGACAAUAAAUUGCGAUAUUGGGAAUCAGAAAAUAGCAGAUCAUUUGUAAGAAGAGAAAAGAAAGAUAGCCUAGUAAUUAUAAAUAGUGGAUAAAGUGGAGACUCAACAAAUGAAGCCAUCUCCCAUAAGGAGUCCUUACAUUAGAAAGGAGGAAAUUCCAAUUCAAAAUGAUUUAGUCUACUUAACAUUGGACAAGAAGAAUAAUAUCGACAUUCUGAAUGUCAAAGCUAAGAAGGCUUAUUAUAGUUAUGAUAUUGCAUCUGCAUAUGAUUGGUCACUAAAGGCAAUCAAAUAAGAUCCAUUGUAUUUUGAUGUGAUUCCAACAUAUGUAUCGUGUUUAUUGGAAUUGGAUUAGAUAGCAGAAUUAUACUUUUGUGCUCAUAAUUUGAUAGAAAACUAUUCAUCAAAUGCGUUGAGUUGGUUUGUUGUUGGAGUAUACUACUUCUCAACUAGAAAGUAUGAAGUAGCAAGGAAAUAGUUCCAGAAAUCCAUUCAAUUGGAUUAGCAUCUCAUUUAUAGUUGGAUUGGGUUGGCUCAUUCUUAUGCUAUUCAAGAUGAGUCAGAUUAGGCCAUGUCGAUAUACAGAUCGAUCACUCGACAAUUCCCUGGUUGUUAUCAGGCUCAUGUUUAUAUUGGAAUGGAGUAUCUGAGAACAAACAAUUUGUAGACUGCAAUCUUGUCUUUGUAAUAGGCUAAGGACAUCAAUCCUACUGAUCCCAUGAUUCAAAAUGAAUUGGGAGUCAUUGCUUAUAAGCAGAAGAAAUAUAAUGAAGCCAAAGAUUAUUUCUUGAAUGCUUUAGUGUUCUGUCAAAAUUCAAAUCACAAGAUUAGAGAAUCUGCACUUUAGAAUUUGGGACACACCUUUAGAAAGUAAAGGGAUUACAAAAAUGCCAUUUAAAUAUUUGAAAAGUGCAUCUAGUUAAAUUCAGUUUCUCCAUAAAUAUUUUUUGGAUUGGCAUUUUCAUAUCAUUUGAGCGAGUUACCAAACAGUCUGAGCAAGGCCAUCCAUUAUUAUCACAAAUCUCUGUCAUUAAAAUCAGAUUAGACUUUUGUUUAGGAUAUGUUAAGUAAGGCAUUGCAGGAGGCAGCCGAUUUGGGAUUGUCAGAGUAUGUAAAUUGAAUCUAUAUCGUAAAAAAUAUAUAAUAUAUUAUAUAUAAUUAAAGA